UUCCCCAUUGUUGACUCAAUAACAAGAAAGGAAGGGAGACGGGAGAGAAAUGCUUUAUCUCACCUCGCUCAACUUUAACGCGACUCACUUCAUCAGUCUGUUAUAUUCAUGUCUUUGUCUUCUGAUGGGUGAAGUUAUACGGGGAACCUGUUAAAGAUUUGAAUUCCACAGGAUUUCUACUGCACUAAGGACUGUUGUUUUUAAACAUGUACAUGUAUGGUUUAUUGAAGAGUCGCAAUAUUAUGAGAUCGGAGUAUCAGGGUUGUGUGGACGGGACACUGAUGGACGGGUUCAGUGUUUUGAUUCAGGGUCUGCUGGCUCUACUCGCUUUCAGCACUUUAAUGUUGAAGAGGUAUCGUGAGCCUGUCAGAAUCAGAAGACCUUGGAGAAUCUGGUUCUUUGAUACUUCUAAGCAGGCUAUUGGUGCUCUCUUCAUGCAUUUUGCCAACAUAUUGCUCUCCAUGCUCACCAGUGAAGAUCCCUGCUCUCUGUAUUUGUUAAACUUCCUAUUGGAUGCCACACUGGGAAUGCUGGUGAUCUGGGUUGGGGUGAAGGUUGUUUCUAAGAUAGUGGAGCAUAAACAAUUAACACUGCUGAUGUUUGGAGAAUAUGGUGACCCUCCUCGUGUGGUGGCAUGGUUGGCACAGUGUUCGGUUUAUUUACUCAUCGUUGCUCUGGAGAAAAGUGUGGUGACUCUGGUGCUGCUCAUACCUGGGUGGACCAAUCUGGAGGCAGUGGUGUUGGACUACAUCCCAAAUCCACAGCUGGAAUUAACCAUCGUCAUGCUGAUAGUGCCGUUUAUAGUAAAUUCUAUAAUGUUCUGGGUGGUGGACAGUUUAACGAUGAGGAAGUAUAAGAAGAUGACAGCUCUGGAUGGGUCACAUGACUGUGCAAAGCAUGUGGAGGUGUUGCCAGAUGUGUGCAGUGAUGAAGCUGAGGUUCUACUAAAGGCAAAUGAAGAUGAGUCUACAGUGUGUUGUGAAGAAGACCACAUCGCAAAAGAAGCCACAUUAAAACGAGUCUUCAUGAAAGUUUAAAACACACUCAUACAAGUAUUAUAAUGAGAAUGUUUCGCUGCAUCAUAGGCUUUGUUCACACUGCACAUAAAUCUGAAUUAUUAUUAUUAUUAUUAUGUUUUUUCAGAUCUGAUCUUUAGGACUGAUUAUUUGCACUGUCAUUUUGUAAGUGAUGAAGAGUGAACACAAUAUUGAAAAAUGUAAUUGUUGCUGCUUGAACAAAGCCCUAGAGAAACCUUGUGUGUUUGUGAGGGAGAGAGCACAUUUUAACCUAAUGUCUUUAUACUGAAAAAAGUUCAUACAUUUGUCAAAUACCAAAUACCUGCAGAAAGAGUUUUUUUUACAGUGCAUUCUUCUCAAGUACUGUAAAAUUACAUUGUAGGGUGUUUUGGAAGUUAAUUAAAGGUAGAGAAAGACAUUGAGAUGAGAGAGGAGGUCUAAAGUUUCUCCUGAUUACAGACAUUUGGACUAUUUGAAGUCUAAACAGCUGAAGUCACUGCUAACACGUUUGCAACUCUGACAAAUGCUGACUUACUUCAUGACAUUUUAUAAGACUUCAUAAGUUUUUGGUCUUGGUAUUUUAACCUGUAAAAGUUCAAAUUAAUGUACAGGAUUUAAUUUUGUAUAAUAAUUUUAUUUUUACACAUGCAGUAUCAUGCAAUAUUUCAAACUUACAAUGUGUUAGAAAUUAUAAAUAUGUAUAUUUUGAUUGCAUACAAUGUAAUAAUGUAAUGUAAUGAAUUUCAGAUGUAAUUGUGGCAUUUUAAUGCAAAUUCUUCAUCAUCUUUGUGGGAAUGUCUUUUAUAUUGGUCAAAAUGUUGUCUUGAUGCCUUACUUUUGCCUAUUUUGUCACAAGUAAACCAAGUUUCAGAUAUAUAAAGUUGUCUUUUAUUAUGAACUUGAAUUCAAAAUGUGAAAAUCCUAAUUAUUAUAAAAACGUUUUUGAGUAAAAAACAAAGAUUAUUAUUUGUUAUUGUUUUAUAAUAACUCAUUCCUCUUCAACUCUGGGUAAUUUUUGGGCUGCUGCCUGCAAUUUUUCACACUCAAAUUAAAAAGCUCACCAUUUACACAUACUGUGGACUAAUUGCCAAAAAAUCUAAUUUUCAGAAACCCCCACAAAUAAUAAUAUUUCAUAAAUAAUAUUGUAUAUGUUUAAAAUCUUAUGAUGAAUAUAAAAAUUUUGUAUCUUUUUCUUUUUUAAAUCUUUUUCUUUUUUUUUCUUUUUUUCUUUUUUUUUUUUUUUUUUGUCCUAACUUUGUAAGCAUGUAAGUCUGGUUCUGUUCAUGCUAUUUCCCUUCAAAACCUCAUUUUACUUUACUAGAUGGCAGCAAGUACUAGGAAAAUAAAGAAUUUUUCCUGCCAAUCUGAAAUGAAGGUGGUGCUGUAAUGCAUUUUAGCCCUCACAGAUGUGCUUGACCAUAGACAUUGUGUAAUUUUCAGUUCAUGCACCACCCUGGUUGAUUCAUUGAAUAUCUUGGCCUCUGAGUGGACUAGAAGCUAAAUCUAGGUGUCAUUAGAAAGCUGAGAAAGCAUCCUCCCCUUUGCAAUGAUGUAUAGCAUUUUAUCAUCAAUAGUUGAUAACAUAUUUCCUAUGAUUUGUUUAGCAUGCUUUUCCUGCUGGACCGCAUAUUUUGUUCUGGACAUCUAAGAUACAACAUUGGAUUAUUUACACAAGCAACUAAUUUUUUUUAAAACUGCCUUAGGUAAAAGCAGAUAUAAAUUUUUAUCUCAGUCAAACAUAGCAUGCAAGAAGUGCUACUUGGGUGUACGUCGGUUUGUGGUAUGUUUUAAUCCAAUAACCAUGAUUGAAUAAAGGCUUUUUAAAAAUUUGGACCACUAGAGCACCUGAACAAAAGUUUUUAUCUAUUUGGGGCUUACAGCAGCACUGAUCGGUGCAUAAAAGAGACAUUUGUAUUUGUUUUCUCACAAAUAUCAUAUUUCACUUUGUGAUUCUUUUAAAAAUCUUUCAAACUGUGGUAUUAGGGCAACAAAUAAAAUGUACAGUCACAUUCCUGAGAAUGGGAGCUUUCAUUUGAUAUAGGAUUUGUCUAUUUAAGUGCUUCUGAAAGACUAAUUUUCAUAUCAGUAUUUCCACCACAUGACCUCUAGGUGGCGCUGAUUUGCGAUGCAAAUGUUUUCAGGCCAUAUUUUGUUAUUUUAUGAAAAAUAAAUGCAGAAGUGAUGGUUAUCUAUAAAAAGUUCAGAUUCUAAGCUUUCAAGCGAUACCCCCUAUGCCUGACUUCAGCAUUCGGAGACAACAACAUUUUAUGCGUAAACUUUUUUGUGAAAUAGUGCCCCCGUUUGAACCCACCGACGGUUCCACAGAGUUAAAGAGGUUAACGUAAGAUUAAUUAUAUAUUCUUAACAUGUACCAUAUUUUGUUUUGGCUUUAAUUCAAUGACAAUUUAAAAGACAAUUAUUUAAGUUAGCCAACAACAUGUGGUCUUUAUUAUAUUAUGUUUAGUCUAUUGUUUAGGCUAUUAUUUUUCUUACUAAAUGAGUCUUUGUUCAUGAAAAUAUAUAGCUGCCUUAUAUAGCUGUAGUGUUUCUCAACCCUGUUCCUGGAGGCACACCUACAGUACACAUUUUGAAUGUCUCCUUGAUCUGAUGCAUCAAUUUCAGGUCUUGGAGUAUCUUCUAAUGAGCUGAUGAGUUGAAACGUGUGUUAGAUUAAGGAGACAUCAAAAACGUGUACUGUUGGUGUGCCUCCAGGAAUAGGGUUGGGAAACAGCUGCUCUAGGCCAUCAUAUUUGAGGGUCCUUGGCAUAAAAAAGUAAAAAAAUAACUAAAAAUAAAAUAAAAAACUGUCCUUGUACAAAACUUUCCUUAUAAAAUGAAUAGUUCUGGUCCUGGAUGCUGAUUGAUUAAUACAGCAUUCCAUCCAUGUUUGAAUACACUAUAUGGUAACAGAUAAGAUGUGAAACACCUGUUACACACCUAGCUACUGUGUAUAUCACUGCUCAGCAUGCAUAGAGGCCAGCUAUUAACCUUACUUAAUAACAUCUAGCAGAAAUAUGCCACUUAAUUAAUUUACUUAUAAAAUAACCAUUUAAAGAAAAUUUGUGUCCAAAAAUUUUUUUGUAAUAGGCUUACCAUUUUCAAAAAGCAAUAAGGCACUCAUGCCAGAGAACGUGUUUGGUCUGAAGAGCCCUAAGUAGGGUCAGUCAUCUCCAUAGCUUUUAUGUGAAGAGCAACAGCUUUGUGCCUGCACAUUGACUUUAUUCUAACCACAGCCAACAAAGUCUUCUGGGACAAAAGGGCCAACUCUUCAGUGACUGAGAGUAAGUACACUCAGUUAAGAA